AUGUCUCUCCCGUCCAACGUCCACGUCUCGAAACACCCGUGCCUGCGCGCCAAGCUGAGCCUUCUGCGCUCCAAGAGCACGCCGACCCGCGACACCAAGGCCCUGGUCAACGAGAUCGCCACCAUCGUCGGCUGCGAGGCCCUGGGCGCGACCCUGACCGCCAUCGACGGGCCCAAGGACGAAACCCCGAUAGGCUUCGAGUACACCACGACCACCCUCGAGCCGCAGUCGCUAUCGCUGGUGCCGAUCCUUAGAUCCGGACUGGGCAUGGUGGAAUCGAUACAAACCCUCCUCCCGACGCCCGUGCCCGUGCACCACCUGGGCCUGUACCGGGAGCCGUCGACGCUGGAGCCGGUCGAGUACUACAACAACCUGCCGCAGCACCAGGGCGUCGCGUCGGUGGCCAUCGUGCUGGACCCGGUCAUCGCGACGGGCGGCACCUGCGCGGCGGCCAUCCAGACGCUGCGCGAGUGGGGCGUGCGCCGCAUCCUCGUGCUGUCCGUCAUCGGCGCCGCCGACGGCGUCCGCCGCGCCGCCGCCGAGUGGCCCGAGGGCGUCGACAUCUGGACCGCCGGCGUCGACGACGAGCUGACCCCCGACGGCAUGCUGAAGCCCGGCGUCGGCGACGUCGGCGACCGCCUGUUCCUGACCAUCGGCAAAUAG